CCAAGCUUUGAUGUUAACAAAAACACAGUUUGUAAAGAGUUUCAUUCUAUCACAGCUCCAGUUAACACUCUGACCAAACAAGAGAGCUAUGCCGAGUCUUCCCAAGGAUUAGUGAAGAAUUUGCACUGAGAAGCUCAAUAUGGAAAGUGUUCUGCAUUUAUUUCCACACUUUAGCGCUACGGCUUCGUCCGGGGAGUCGCAUUUUAAGGUGUUCAAAGAGUUUCAAAAGCAUCGAGCAAAAAAAGAUUCGAGACAUGGCCUGACAGACAGAAAUAGAUGGAGUCGCCUUCAAAAAGCGGAAUCUCAUGAAAAUAUUUUUUCAGAUAAAUCUGAGAAUUUCACCUGCAUUACAAGUGUGUCCCCUGAAGAGGCAAUGAAAUGGGGUGAAUCCUUUGACAAACUGCUUUCUCAUAAAGAUGGGAUCGAAGCAUUUAAAAAGUUCCUGAAAAUGGAGUUCAGUGAUGAAAACUUGGAGUUCUGGUUGGAAUGUGAGGAAUACAAAAAAUGCCAAACAAAUAAACAGAUGGAUGAUAAAGCAAAGUCCCUCUAUGAAAAAUACAUUCAAAUGGACUCUCCCAGAGAGGUCAAUCUUGACUUUGCUACAAAGGAAAUGACCAAGAAAAGUAUUGAACAACCAGAACUUACCAGCUUUGAUCUUGCACAGACUAAAAUUUAUUCUCUUAUGGAGAAGGACAGUUAUCCCAGAUUCCUGAAAUCAAGCGUCUACUCUAAUUCAUUAAGUGGAAAUCAACGUAUUGCUUCAUUUCCUACUGGGCGCAGGCGGUCUCGAUCUUUUACAGUUAAUGACUUCCAACAAUUAGAUUCUGACUCUAACAUAUGGUUGUAAAUCCUCAUUCAGUUUACAUGUGCCGUGGUCAGAGUUCUUGUACUAUCAUGUAUAUGUUGGUGAGCUACACUUCCUGUUGUGGAUGACCAGUCAAUGCUUUGUACAGAGCAAGCAGCUUGCUAGCUAGUUUCACUAUUAACAACACGAGCUGGAAGUGUGAAACUGUUUCGGUACGAUGUCUCUUUUGUCUUUGUUACUGACAUUUUCCAUUAAAAUAUGAAUGUUAACCUAGUUUUGUAAAUAAUAGCUCGAGAGAAUGAAUGCAGAUUUAAAAAAUUGCUUGUAAAGCGUAUCCCAAUGUUCUAUGCAAAUGUGUCACAUCUACAAAGAGGAAAAAUUAGAAGAUGCAAUUAAAACAAUUCUCUUCUUAAUUGUGAUUAAUGGUGCCCAUUCCAAAGUUCACAAGCAGUGAAGGCACGGCGCAGAGUUGAUGAUGCCUUCCAAUUUUUCUUGUCCUUUCCAAGUGAUUAUCAGUACCUUUAUCCAUCCCUCAUUCUAGGCAGUAGUAAAUAUACAUAGCAUCAUAAUUCAUAUAUUUUGCCCUUUAAAACAUGUCAACUUCACUGUAGAUUGUUUAUGUUGAAAGUUACUUGUAUUUUAAAUGUUUAUUUACUGUCCAAUGCAAUAUUCUCAAGUGCAGGCUCAGGGAAAAAAAAAAGCUUUCAGGGACAUUUGCUGAUAACCCUUAAAAUAUUAAAAUGCUUUAUAAAUAUU